AUGUGGAAACCGUCGGAGAGACUGAUGGAAACCAUCAGACACUAUGCGAGCUUCCCCGCCACAGGUGUCUCUCUCCGGCAGAUGGUCCAGUUCGGUGACAGGCCAUCGACAGGAACCCUCUUUCGUGCCUCACAAUUUCUCUCCGAAGAGUUACCUAUUCGCUUAGCACAUCGCGUUCAGGAUCUCGGAGAACUUCCUGAUGGAUUGAGUGAAAUGCCAUCGAUCAAGAAGGUGCAGGACUGGUAUGCGCAGUCGUUCGAGGAAAUCAUCAACCUGCCCCGACCGACUCUUUCUCAAGAAGUCAAAGCUCGCCUCUUACGGCCUGGGAAGAUGAGUGGUGGCUUUUCUAAGAUUCUUUCUGAAACUACACAGAAUCCCAGCAUCAAGGAAGGGCAGUAUCGGUCGUCCCCCACGAACGGGAAUGGAAACGGGAAGGGGCAUGUCAGCCGAAGAUACUUCUACCCAUCCGAUGACCAAGGCCAUUGGCCACCCGAAUUGAACGACUACAACCAACGGUUUGCGAAGACUCUGCAGCAUAUCAAACGGCGACACGACAGCGUCGUGACCACCGUAGCCCAGGGCAUUUUGGAAUGGAAACGAAAACGCCAACGUUUACAAAUUGAUUCUACCGUCCAGUCAUUCCUAGAUCGCUUUUAUAUGUCCCGUAUCGGUAUACGAAUGUUAAUCGGUCAACACAUCGCCCUGACGGAACAAACGCAUGUUCGCCACCCGAACUACGUCGGUAUCAUUUGCACCAAGACAAAUGUUCGAGAAGUCGCACUCGAGGCCAUUGACAAUGCUCGUUUUGUCUGUGAGGACUACUAUGGUCUUUUCGAAGCACCGAAGAUUCAGCUCAUCUGCAAGGACGACCUCAACUUCAUGUACGUCCCCGGUCACCUGUCACACAUGCUCUUUGAGACUCUCAAGAACUCGCUGCGUGCUGUGGUGGAGACUCACGGCGCGGACAAGGAAGCAUUUCCUGUGACAAAGGUCAUUGUGGCAGAAGGAAAGGAGGACAUCACCAUCAAAAUCUCCGAUGAAGGUGGUGGCAUACCCCGUUCUUCCAUCCCGUUGGUGUGGACAUACAUGUACACUACCGUGGAUCAGACACCCAAUCUGGAUCCGGAUUUCGAUAAGAACGACUUCAAAGCUCCCAUGGCUGGCUUUGGGUACGGAUUGCCAAUCAGUCGCUUGUACGCUCGGUACUUUGGUGGUGAUCUCAAGUUGAUCAGUAUGGAAGGAUAUGGCACAGAUGUCUAUCUCCAUCUGAAUCGGCUCUCUUCGAGCUCGGAGCCCCUGCAAUGA